CACUUCCAAGUCCUCUCAUUACUCAUUAGCCCUCCCCCCGCUCCUCUCUCCCAGACUAUGGCCAUCCACCCCACUCGUCAGAGAGGAUAGCCCCAUAACUGCAUACAAGGUAUAAUUUAGAAGAAGCUCUUUUUCAGAUCCGAUUCCCAUGCAGGUUGGUAUCACGUCGACCCACAUGAUACCUGACCUUCUUGCACGUCGGCCAGCUAAGUAGCUACAACUAGACCACCGGCCUAUUUCUGUGCCUAGAUAUCCUUUAUUUUUUUCUUCCUGCGUUUUAUUCUAUUGGGAUGCUUCCAGUCUCACCAUUGAGAGGCUCCAAUGGAGAUCAGAGAGACGGGGGGGUCGGGAGAUUGGUGGGGGACUUCUCCAGUGACACCUUGCUUGAGGAUAUCAACUUUGAUGACCUCUUCAUGGGGUUCGAUAAUGGAGACAAAUUGCCGGACCUCGAGAUGGAUCCUGCUGAGAUCUUUGCAGAGUUCUCGGAGGGUGGAGAGGAGGACUCGUCAGGGAUGGCAAUGGCGGCGGAGUCUACAGUGGGUUCAGAUAGUGGGGGUCAGCAGAAGGGGUUGUUGGAAGGGGAGAUGGAGGAUCUGAGUCGACGUGAAGAGGUCAUGAGUGCGACGACGAAGGAGGACCCAGUGGCCAUGACAGCGGAGAUCCGGUCACCCUCGGAGGUCAAUAGAGACCGGAAGUCAUCGGUAGUGGCAACGAAGAACUCGCAGGGGAAGCGGAAAGUGAAGGUGGAUUGGACGCCGGAGCUGCAUCGGAGAUUUGUUCAGGCGGUGGAGCAGCUUGGAGUUGAUAAAGCAGUGCCCUCGAAGAUCUUAGAGCUAAUGGGGAUCGACUGCCUCACUCGAUACAACGUUGCCAGCCAUCUACAGAAAUAUAGGUCACGUCGGAAGCAUAUGCUCGCAAGGGAGGCAGAGGCUGUAAGCUUGAGCCAGACACCGCAAAUGCAUGCGACCAACGUUGCCUGUUCAAGGAGGAACAUGAACCCAUGGCUUGGCCCCAUCAUUGGCUUCCCUCCACCUCCUCCUCCUCCUUCUGUCCAGCCUUUUAGACCCUUACAUUUUGGGGGGCACCCCCCACCAUUAGUGUCCAUGCGGCCGAGAUAUCUAGCCUCGUGGUCUCCCAGUCCGCCAUGGGCUCCUCAGUCAUCUCCACCUCCACUACCAAAUCCUUGUUAUUGGCAUCACCAUUGCCAAAGGGGCUCCAGAGAAGGGUGGGUACCAUAUGUCCUAACACAAGGAACUCCUUGCUUUCCUCAGGCAUUGCCAACGAGUUUUCCAGCUCCAUCAGUCCCGGGUGUUCUUCCCCAUCCCUUCCAUAGACCAGUUCCUACUAGGGACUGGGGUUCGCAGCUUCUCGAUGCUUAUCCUUCAAAUGAAAAUAUAAAUGCAGCUAUUGGAGAUGUUUUAGCAAAGCCAUGGUUGCCAUUGCCUCUCGGGUUGAAGCCUCCCUCGUUGGAGAGCGUACUGGUGGAACUACAGAGGCAAGGUGUCUCAACAGCACCACCAACAUCUGGUUGAGAUCAUGUACACUAUAUCUGGGUGGUUUUCAUGGUUCAAUUCAUCAAAAAAAUUCGUUGACAUGUCUAUCUAUAUAUCGUAUACUUGUAAAAAGUUCUUUUAAUAUUUUUUAUGAGCAGGCCCACUUCAUUCACUGGCA